AUCAGGUUGGGGUGUGCGGCAGUGUGGCCGAUGCGCUGGGAGGCUGAGUUCGGGUCUGCCGCCACCUCCGCUGCUACCCGCUCGUAGGAGGCGCUGACAUAGCCCGGGCGGGCGCAAACUUUCACGCAACAAAGUGUCUCGGCGCAACAAAAGGGCGCAUCGCGGCUGCAAGGCAGCGCUGGCCGCACAGCACCGACAAUGCCAACCAUGAUAGAGAAAGGGCCCGAGGUCUCGGGCAAGAGAAGAGGAAGGAAUGGGGCUAAAAGUUUUGCGGGGGGAGCCGCGACCAAUGGCAAUAACUCCUGGGAAGAGGCGAGCAGCGGUUCCGAUGACGAGCACGGUGGAGGAAUGCGAGUUGGUUCGCAAUAUCAAGCAGUUGUCCCUGAAUACGAUCCCGAAGUUGCAAAGCAAUGUCAAGAAAGGGAUAACCUUGGAAUGCUGGUCUGGUCACCUAAUCAGAAUGUCUCUGAGUCUAAAUUGGAUGAGUACAUUGCAAUAGCAAAAGAGAAGCAUGGCUACAACAUGGAGCAGGCCCUAGGCAUGCUGUUUUGGCACAAACAUAACAUUGAGAAGUCCUUGGCCGACCUUCCAAACUUCACACCAUUCCCAGAUGAGUGGACUGUGGAGGACCGGGUGCUCUUUGAGCAAGCAUUCAGUUUCCAUGGGAAGACUUUCCACAGAAUUCAGCAAAUGCUACCUGACAAAUCCAUAGCAAGCUUAGUAAAGUUCUAUUACUCAUGGAAGAAGACACGAACAAAGACCAGUGUAAUGGAUCGUCAUGCUCGCAAGCAAAUGAAAAGGGAUAAAGAAGGAAGUGGUGAUGAAAUUGAAGAAUCUAAUAUAAAUACGAGCAGUAUUGUUGAUAGUGAAAUUGAUCCAAGCAAAGAGGCAAAGAAAGAGCAGGGCUCUCAAACUGUGAAAAGUGUCCCAACAAAGAAAGAGACAAGAACAGUCCAAGGAAAGCAAAGAAUAAGUCAGAAACCUCCAAAGGGGAUGUUUCUUCUUCAAGAGGAUCUUGAUGCUUUGUCUGCAAGUUCUGGUGCUGCUAACACGGUCCUAAGGCAGCUUGAUAUGGAACUGGUCUCUCUUAAACGUCAAAUCCAGAAUGUGAAACAAAUAAAUGGUGCUCUGAAACAAAAAUUACAUGGUGGGAUAGAGGAAUUCAAGCCAUUGGAGACAAAUCAGAAAGUUAAUGCUCGUUGGACAACUGAAGAGCAACUGCUCGCUGUGCAGGCAAUAAGAAAAUAUGGCCGAGAUUUUCAAGCUAUUUCAGAUGUAAUCGGCAAUAAGACAGUUGUACAAGUGAAAAACUUCUUUGUGAAUUACCGUCGUCGUUUCAACCUUGAAGAAGUUCUUCAGGAAUGGGAAGCAGAACAUGGUAGUGGAGAAGCAAAUGGAAACAUUGGUGACAAAUCCCAAAAUUCUCCGGAUGUUGCUACUAAACUUUCUGAGGAGGAAGAGGAGGUUCCUUCUGUGCUUGAUGUAAGAUACCAUUCUGCAUCAUGAGAAUGACAUUCAGUAGAUGACUUGAACAUGCUCUCUUGACUGCUGUUUUGUCCAGGUCAUCCAACAAUGCCAAACUUCAACCAACCACCUCCACAAACUCACCAGGACCAGCUUCCAGCUUAACACCAAAAAGCUGCAAUAUUCACAAUUGGACCCUUCUGCCUUACCCUGCCUGCCACCGGGAUAAUUUCUACUUUUCAUCAGAAUCAUGAAAAAAAAAACUUUGCUUCAACGUGCUUCUAAACAACAUAUGGAGUUCACAAAAACGUUUGUGAAUGUAUUGUUUUACACUUAACCAGUUCAUGAUUUAAUGUCCACAGGGCAUUAAUAAUUUGUAUAUUUUUGGAAUGGUGAUUGCCAUUAGACACAUCUUUGAUACUUCCCUCACAAAUAUUUUAUGAUUUAAUGUGAAUGCCAUGAUUGUAUAUUGUAUUAACUGGCGUACAGAAAAUGGAUGUUGGAACUGUCUCUAAAUUAUUGGGUACUUUAACUGUAGUUUGGACUGUCUCAUAGACUUUAAACAUACCUCCCAUGUCUGAGGAAACUUGAAAGGCCUUUAACUAGCAUUUUCACAAAAAGAAAAAAAUGAUCUGUUUUUAUUUAAGUUUCAUCUAGUUUGCUGUACAGUUUUUUUAGAGUAGUUCUUCCACAUCAAGUAUGGAGAGAACUUUAACUUGAAUAUUGCAGUUACUAUACUGAAACUGAUCAUAUUCAGGUAUAAAAUAUUAGCACAGCUAAGCUGUAUGGAGUUUAUUGCAGAAUUCGGUGUGCUAACCGUAUGGAGUUCCUGCUUAUUCAGUAUGAUAAGGGUUAAGCACAAUGCGCUACAGAUCCAUUGGGUUCAUCAAAGUCAUUUGAGUCUAUGCAUGUUUCUGUGUAAGAAUGGGUGUUUACAAUUUCUACUUUAAUAUUUGCCUGAAAUGCAAACCAUUAUUAGUCCUUUCUGGGAGUAAUAUUCCAGCAUUUAGAAUUUUCUAAAUUAAGUUUGUUAAAAUUGCUUAUGGGUUGCUGCUGAUAUGUAGUGAUGUUUGCCAGAAUUUCAAAAAAAAAGGAUUUAGUUUGCAAUAAAUUGAGCAUGUUUUUAUAUAGCCUCUUGAUGUGCUCAAUAGGAUGUUCUUUUUUAAAAGAAAAGUCGAUGUGUUUAUAUUGCAGAUUUAUAUUUUAUUGCCUGUUACUGCUAAUUUUAACUGAGAAAUAAUUGUUAGUGAGAAAUAAUUCUAAUUAUUUCCAAGGUUUUAAGCAUUAUGUAUCAUAGUUCCACAUUGAGAAAUGGUUAUAUUACAGUACUGCUUUGAAUAUUGGGCAGGGCUCUUGCUAACUGUAUAUUUUUAAGAAAAUAUAAUUGUUAUUGUGUUCAGUAAAAGUGGGAGGGAUAAACAAUCAUCGAUCAAAGAAAGAACAAAUUGAAAAUUUCUAAAUGCCACUUGUAUAAAAUUGUACUUCUAACUUCUCAAUAUGCACACAAGAGUUUUGAUAUAGCAAAAUAGCUUUUGAAGGCCAUUUUCAAAAAGAAGUAACUUAAAUCAUUUCUAUUUUUCUAUGGUUUAACCUUCCAGAAUCUUGUAUUUUUAAUGAGUUUUUGUGCUUGUGAUUGUUGGAACAGUCAUGGAAAUGUCAUACAAAUAUGCUGUGUCAUAAACAUUUAUAGCUUGAAAGAGGGGAAAAAAGAAAGUAUUUGGUUUCAAGUAGCAAACAGCUAAAAUACACUAUGUUUGAAAUGCCACCUUGAAAAUUUAAAAAAAAAUCCUUGCAUAAAAUACUUGGAUACUAAGACAGUUAAUUAUUUGCAAACCACACUAUGCAAAACAAAAUUAUUCAUUGUAUUCCAUUAAAGUGAAUAAACUUUAAAGAAUUUAACCAACUUGUACAUUAAGCAAUGAUUCAAGUAUUUUGAGAAAAAUGUCAUUAUGGGCAGACUGUAUGAAUAGGAUACCUUGUGUGCUUUGCGAAGUUUGAGGAACAAAUGGUCACCUUACAAGUUACAACAUUUUGUUUUUAGAUGUGCUGUCAUUUGUUUCCUCUAAAUUUAAAACUCAAGUGGCUAUUUAAACAAAUUUCUAAGUUUUUAUUUUUAGAUUAUCUUUCUGAGUUGACAGCCAACUAAAGUAACUCAAAGUGUGAUUACAGUUAAAUAAACCACUAUCUGAAAGUUUCUCAACAUGACCAGAUUUAUUAUACAUUCAAGUAUAUGCAGAAUGAUUAUUUGUAAAAUUAUCUAAAAACUGAUUUAAUCUGAUUAUGCAAACAAAUUUGAAAUGGGGAUGAAGUCAAGCUGUUCAAAUGGAAAACUGUUGAAUUUCAAUAAUUUUAAGAUAACUUGGCAGUUAGUAACUGGAAAGAAACAUCGCAGUAACUCUAAUGCCAUCAAUGCAUUUCAGACGUGUAUUAGCAAAUAAUUAUCAACAAGUUGUGUUUAUGUUGUACCAUAAACAUAGCAUAACAAAAUUAUCUGCGAGCACUUAAAGGCCGUAAAAAGGAAGUUGUUUUUUGUUUAGGGGAUUCGAGAGCUUUGGGGUUUAGCAGGAGAAAAGAUGCUCCUUCAAAUACAAUAGGGGCAUUCAAGGGGCCUCUGAUAGGCAGGUUUUGGAAGGAUAUGGCAGAAAGGAUUAGUUUGAUUGCAAAGUAAUUAGUUUGGCACAACAUCGUGAAACAAAGGGCUUGUAUGUGAUGUACUGUUCUACGUUCUAAGAAUAAAGGAGUUGUUAAGUUGGAGAAUGAACAAGCAACCAUAACUGAGAGACACAAGAGACUGCAAACAUUGGAGUCUAUAAUUAAAAGAUGGAGGAAUUCAGCAGGCCAGGUAGCAUCUGCGGAGGGAAAUGUUUUUGAUUGGAACUCUGUCUGACGUUGGUACAUUUAAGGCUGGAGGGAGGGAGGGUUUUGAGAACAAGGAUUUGAGUUGUUUGGGGUAGUAAGCAUGAGCUGAAAUUUAUUGUGUUAGGCCAUAGUCAGCAGGACUUUAGAUGACCAGAUGUUAGAAUUAAGGGGCGAUAAUCAGGAAUUUGUUAGAAUAGCAAAUCCUGGGGAGAGCAGAAACAUGGUUGAUGGUUUCACCACUCGUCAAACUGGGAUGGAGAUGAGGAUAGUUGCAUUUACAUCGGUGGAAAUAGGAGGAGCAAGUGAUGGUAUAGGUAAGAUAUUCAAAGUUUUGAAUCAAAAAUUAAAUGUAUUGUAAAUGGAUGCCAAAAAGAUGGCAGAAUCUGCCAAGCAAUGAAGUCUGCAUUGGAAAUCAAAACAUAGCUUUUUAUCUACUUGUACUUGGAGGAAAUUCCUGCUGAUGCAUUAUCAAGUGUUAGGCAACCAGUCUGGUUCAGUGAGGAUAAAAAAAGUGUUGAAAGAGCCGGUAAUGAUUUUGGAUUUAGGAGUUGCUAGCUUGCACAUAAGGACUUUGCUUUUGAAUUGUUGUUUUUGGAAACCUUUUGUGUAGAAAUAAGUGGGUCAAGGAUGUAUGCUUAGGGAAAAUCAGAAAUAACAGUCAAACCUGAAGAGGAGAGGCAAGUGUGGGUGAUUCUCUGGCAACAACCAGGGGUAUGUAUAUAUUUUUUAAAAAUAAAGGAUCAGGCAAGUGCAAUUCACCAACAUUGUUAGAUGUUAAGGAGGACAGCAGAGUCAAAUAUUUUGACAAUUCAAGUGAAAUAUAGCAAGAUUGAUAAAUCUAUAUCACAAAGUUUUUUUCUGGAGACAGCCUGAUGAAGGGACAAGUAUCAGCUGAGUUGGUGGGAAUUUUUGACAGAUAGUUAUGCCCAAGUAUUUGAAUUCGUUUUUGUUUUUGAAGAAAUCAUAUGAUUAGGAAUUCAUAAAAUAUUAUCAAUUUGGAUUUUCAACAUGCAUGUGAUAAAGAUGUACGCAAGAUUUAUAGAAUUGGAGUUAAUCAUGUUAAAUAACUUGGUAGUUGGCUUGGAAGUGGAAAUUGUGAGCAGGGCUAAUCAAAAUGGUGUAAUUACUAAGAAGUAUUAAAUGGUGUUUCCCAGGCACCUCUAUCAGGCCUCAACAUAUGAAGGAACGAAGAUUUGCAAUUCUAAGUUUACUGUGGAGAUGUAUUUUGUCACAUAAAGGAGAAUAGAAAUGUGGAACUUGCACUCUGCCCACGUCCCUCUGCCAGCAGUCAUGGAGUUCUCAAGGCCAAGGCUGAAUUUAUUGGGUCAGGUAUACACUUCUGGAGCUAGGUGGCGUUUCAAUUAGUUAAGUACUGGAAUAUGUUUAAGGUGCUGAAUGGAAAAUGGAGAAAGCAGGCAUAUUCAAAAUGGUGAAAAACAUAACUAAUAUGUUACAGCCUUUGCUCCAGAUGUAAAUGAAACUAGCAUCUUAAUGGUAUAAUUAUCAGUUCCUCUGCAUAGUGUAAAAUUUCUCAUCUAAUGUUUUCAUUUGACAAUUAUACAUGAUUCUUAGGACUGGGUAAAAAAAAUCAUAAUAUUUACAGUGCAGUUAAAUGCAGCCUGCUUUGGAGUAGAUAAACAUUACAAUAUGGCAUCAUGCCCCUUCUGUUCAUGCUUCCUCAAUCCAUCCAUCUGCUGAUGAAAAUCAUGCAGUACUAACAUGCUGGAGAAAGGUGAGCAAAAUGUAUUAUUCAGGUAGAUUAUAUAUGUGUGACUUGAAUUCAAUAACACUAAAUGAAAACUGAAUUCUGAUUAUUUAAUAAUCUUUUGCUUCAAUCCAGAGUCAUAGAGUGCCUUAAGACAGGCAUUAAAAAAGAAAAAUGUAUUUGCAUGGGCCUCCCAGGCUUUUUUGAAAUAAUACUGCAACAGCCAUGUAACUUCACAUUGUCUUUCAUUUGCAACAAGGAGUCAUUUGACUCCCAGCAGAUGAGAGCUUUAAAAUGGGAUGGCUAAUUGUGGACUGAAGAUGUUGUACUCAGAGCAGAAUUGUUUUUUAAAAACAAUGCUUAAGGAUACAAUAUUUCUUUUGCAGAAAAUUUGUUUAGUUAAAUCAAGGGAUUAUUAGUAUAUAGUACAUUUGGAUUUAUUGCAUUAAUAAACCAUGUAUUUCUAAUGGUAUUGUUCUUUUUAUAUACUUCAGCCUAUUUAAACAAGGAGGCACAUAAUCAUGUUGAGACAAAUUAGUAUUUUAUUAUUAAACAGUUUAGUUCAAGCCCACAGAAACUGCCAUACUGAACAGAGGAGAUUACAAGUAGGAUAGAUAAAGGGGAUGCAGUGGAUGUUGUAUAUUUGGACUUUCAGAAGGCCUCUGAUAAGGUGCCACACACAAGGCUGUUUACCAAGUUAAGAGCCCAUGGUAUUACAGGAACGACACUGGCACAGCUGAUUGGUAGGAGGCAGCGAGUGGGAAUAAAAGGAUCCUUUUCUAGUUGGUUGCCAGUGUCUAGUGGUGUUCUGCAGGGGUCAGUGUUGGGACUGCUUUUUAUGCUGUAUAUCAAUGAUUUAGUUGAUGGAAUAGAUGGCUUUGUUGCCAAAUUUGCAGAUGAUACAAAGAUUGGUGGAGGGGUAGGUAAUGUUGAGGAAAUGGGUAGGCUGCAGCAGGUCUUGGAUAGAUUGAGAAUAGGCAAGAGGGUGGCAAAUGAAAUACAAUGUUGGAAAUGCAUGGUCAUGCACUUUGGUCGUAGAAAUAAAUGUGCGGACUAUUUUCAAAACGGG